GCUGAAAGUGAACGGUUUUAGUUCCAGUUGUUUAGCUUAAGCUUAUUUUUAUACCGGAAAAGUUCAUUUUGUGCAUUGUAUAGUCUAGUUUAAUAUAUAAAUUUGUGACCGAAGGUCGAAGAAUGUCUGGUUCAACUAGUUUCCAAGAAGACUUUAGAGAUGUAGACAACGAAGGCAAUAAUUCCUCCGGUUGUUUAGACAUGUCUUUCGAGACGUCUGGGGAGAAUUUUCCUCUCAGCCCUCAGCCGAUCCGGAGGAAAGAUACUUUCAGGACUGAAUUCUCGAGAUUGCCAGCCCCGAAAAAACUCACAUUCAGCCCUCCGUAUAAGCGGGUCAGGGCUUUGAGGCUGUUCGACAGCCCCCUUACACCAAAAACGAUUAUUGAGAAAUCUUCAGUUCCGACAACGCCAUUGCCUAGAAGCAGAUUAUUUGGGGACAGGCCGGUGGCAGUCCCAAGCGCUUAUGCAGAAAGGAUCAAACCGACUGCUAAUGUUAACCCAUUCACCCCAGAUGCCCAACUGUUGUCUAAGAAAAGAUCUCGAUCAUUGAGGUCGUUAGAAUCGCCUAAUCUGAAGAUAACUAGAGUGGAUUUAAACGACUCAGAUGUUUCGGAUUAUGAUAUUGAACAGCCGACUAAGAGAGUUGCUUUACAGGAAAGCAACAUUCCGAGAUAUCACAGGGAGUUUUUAGAAAUCGAACUAAUUGGAAAAGGUGAAUUUGGUAGUGUAUUCAAAUGCGUUAACCGACUUGAUGGUUGUGUCUAUGCCAUUAAAAAAUCAACUAAACCUGUAGCUGGAAGUGUAUCGGAAAAAACGGCCCUAAACGAAGUGUAUGCUCACGCUGUUCUAGGUAAACAUCAGCAUGUAGUGCGCUACUACUCAGCCUGGGCAGAAGACAAUCACAUGAUAAUUCAAAAUGAGUUUUGUAAUGGCGGCUCAUUAGCCGACAAAAUUGCGAAUGAACCUCUCAGUGCCAUGGAAUUACGGAGAAUGCUGCUACAUGUUGCUGAAGGACUAAAUUACAUUCACUCUGAGGAACUGGUACAUUUGGACAUUAAGCCUGGAAACAUAUUUAUCUCCAUUGAAAAAAAGAUUAAUACAAGAACAGCCGACGCGACAGAUGAUGGAUUCGAAGACUUAGAUGAAACGCAACUGUAUGACGAAGUGGUAACAUACAAAAUUGGAGAUUUAGGCCACGUGACCAGCAUCAAUAAUCCUCAAGUUGAAGAAGGCGAUUGUCGCUAUUUGCCGAACGAAAUCCUCCAUGAAGACUACACGCACUUGCAUAAAGCUGAUGUAUUUGCAAUGGGACUCACAGCGUUAGAGUGUGCUGGUGCGGGACCGUUACCCAAAAAUGGCCCCAAAUGGCAUGCGAUCAGAGAAGGACAAAUUCCUCCACUUUCCCAAAAAUUGACCAAGGAUUUACUCGAACUCAUUAAAUCAAUGAUCCAUCCUAAUCCAACGCAAAGACCGAAAGCUUCACAAAUUUUGCAACAUGGAGCUCUUAAUCCAGACUGCAGUAAAUCCAAAGCCGAUUUAACAAGAGAGUUAAGCGCAGAAAAAUUGAGGAAUGAAAUGUUAGUGAAACAGCUAAAGUUGGCAGCUAUGUGUAUGAAGUCUAUACAAAACACCAGAAUAAUUGGAAAGCAAGUGAACCGUAGCGUCAGCACUACUAGCUUUUAACAAUUUAGAAGUUUAGGGUCAAAAGUACAGAAUUCAAGUCAAUUCAUGCAUUUUUUGUUAUAGUAUUUCUUUAUCUGUUGAAGACUAGAUCGACGUAAGAAUACAGAGCUACACUUAAUGUUCUGGAAUUACGAGGCGGCAAAAACAUAUUUUAAUUUCUUUCUUUGUUUGAUAUAGUUUUAAUUAAUUAACUUUUUGUAAUGCUUUUAUCAGUUUCUUUUUAAUGAAGCUUGGCAAUCAGGUAAAAACCACACUUAAUUGUUGAUUUUUUUAAACUAUUUUCUACAACGUUCAUUACAUGACCGCGUAGAAACUGUUUGCAAGAAAUAUCAAUCGAUACAUUUAAUUUGUCUAUUCUGACAAUUAGUUUAGUUUUUAAUUUUCAAGACAUUUUCAAAAUUCAAACAAUUCAUUUAAAAACAAAACAAACACAAGUUCCACCGUUACCUUAUAUUUGAAACAACUAUCAAUAUAUAUUAAGUAAUCUGAUCUAAAUAAAUGUAAGUAAUUUGUUGUCACGUAUUUUUACUUGCCAUUUAACGUAUUUAUUAUAAAACUAUGUCUUGAAAUAGUUUAUAACUAUUUCUUGAAAUAGUCUUAGAUCUCUUGAAAAUAUUUUCAUUUCCCGACAAUCAAAGAGCUUGACCUAUGACAUGUUUUUCAAUUACAAAUAUUAUAAAGUAUGUGCUUGACUGAUCCCGAAAAAUUGCUUGCUAUGAAGUUAUAUCUAGGCACUGACAAUUUCGCAUUUAAUUUUAUUCAAAUUUUUUCACAGCAAGUUUCACGCAUUGUUUCUUUAUUAUACAGUCCAACUGUUUUCAACAUUUAGUCGAUUGUAUAACAGGCUUUAAAUUGUUUUUUUUUAUUAGCUUAGCUAAUUUAGAAAAGGUAUUUUAUUGCAGUUUACACAAUGGCAAUGUUUUCAUUUUUGAAACUUCAAGAAAUCCCUUGUUUACUGUUCAGGGAUUUGAAGACAUUUUUAAUGUUUAGCUGUAUUAUCGUGAAUUUCGCUGGUUGCUUGUAGCUAAAUUUACAUCUGAACUCCAUUAUCAAAUUGAUUAAAGUGCGAAACAGUUUAUUUGGUAGUGGAUGAAAUGCAACAACUCAAAAAAAAUGUAUUAGUUGACAGUUGAAGUCUUUGAAAAGGCUAUUCAUACUUUUUAUACAGAAACUAAGAUCAAAUGCUUAAGGUUUCGUUAGAAAAAUUGGCAUUAAAUAAAAAAACUUUCGCUUUUAAACCGCGCACUUCAGAAAAUAUUUGUUUGUAUAAAAAUAAGGACGGCUUAAUUUAAUGGACUAGUGCGCGUGCACGUAUUAUGCAAAUAUACUUUAUUACCUGGAUAGUUAUUAAUGAUCUGUUUACAUUUUUUGUGGUUGUUUUUAUGUUGGCUAUUGGACUGCUAGAAUGAAAGUUUGCUUUAAAAUAUACUGAUUUUAUACAAACUUCUUCAUUCAAUGCCUGUAUCCGCCUAUUUAGUUACAGACAGCACUGAAUAAAAUAGUUGAAAAAUAGUCAUAUUUCAAUAUUCCGAAGAAAUGCAAUAGACAUUUGUAAUUACGUGGACAAUAUGUGUUUAGAGCUCUGAUUCUUAUAGUCGAGAUGAUAAUUUUUCUCAGUAUUGAACUUCUUUUUUAUACAUGUUUUAAAGUUUUGUAUGUUUUGAUCAUGUUAAAAUGUACUAAAGCUGUUUUUUAUUUUAGGAUUCUAAGUUAUUUUUAAGGUUACUUGAAUACUAUACUCCCGCCCUAAUUUGAAGGUUUUUUGAAAAGGCCACUAUCAGCAAACAGUGCGUCAAAACUGAUCAGCACUUUUUAAAUUGAAAAUGGGCUUCUCAAAAUUCGCUUCAAAUAAUAAACCUACUUUCGCCGGCAAUAACUGUAUACCAAUAAAAAAUUCGUUUUAUUAAUUUUAGGAUUUAUAAAUUCUAUAUAUUUUUAUGAGGUGUUAGUUGGUAGGCAGGUUUGCUUCAAAUAUUCCUGUAUUACUUACACUUAGCCAUUUUUACUUCAGCGCAGGAUAAUCUUUAUAUUGAUGGACACACACUAUAAUCAAAAAAAUACUCCGAUAAUUUCAUUUUAAUCGGUAAAUCUUGGGCAUUCCUGAAUAAACUAACGCCUUUUGCAGUUUUUUCCUUUACAGUUGAACAUUUUUUGUGAUAUCAAUGUGAAGAUAGGCUAAAUAUACGUUUAGAUGUAAUAAAUUCCUUAAGAAAUGGCUGUAGAAUGUUUCUAAUUUAGUAGUUUUUGACAUGUUGGUUUUUAUAUUUCUUGUAGUUUUUUAAUGAUUGUGAUUACGCGACGUAGCUGAAAGGUUCACUGGUUAGGCAUUAACAAGAGCAAGUGUAAAACAUUGGGAUAUUUAUCGAAAAGCUGAAAACAACAAGCGGUGCAUAUAUUCUCAGUUGAAUUUAAUAGGUUUGUAUUUACAUCACUAGAAAAUAUUUAAUAAUCCUAAAUGAUAACUCAGACACCUGUGCUACCAUUGUUAUACGUUUCCUCCAUUACAUAGAUAAAUAUAUUUGUCAAUAUUGUAAUAAGUCUGUUUUUGAAUCGUUACACUCUUGUCUUUUUGUGCUUACGCAUUUUAGUACCCUGAUAGCAUAGAAGAUUCAUGGAACUUAUAAAUUAUACUUAAGGCUAGUUAAACUACAGUACUGUGGUUGUGGACGAAGUUCACAGAAAUCGACCAAUCUUGGGCAUAUUGACUUUGUUUUAAGGAACUGAACCAAUAUUUUUUCUUUCUAUAUUUCAGAAAUCUCCACCAAUUUUUUAAUGCUUUGUUCGGUUUCUCAAAACACUCGAUUAUGUCGAAAGCGGGUCAUUUCUUUAUACAUGUACUUGCUUUUAUAAUUGUUGUUUUUAACUACUUUUGUCUACUGUAAGUUUAACUCACUAAAGCUUACACAGCUCAAUACAUUCCUAUCUUAUUUCUGCUUAAGUUCUAAUAAUACAGUAACUUUAAUAUUGGAUGUUAACUAUGUUUUUCCGUCUAUUAAUUAUACAUUUUAAAAUA